UGAAUCUGAACUCUCAAGCCACACUUGAGAUAGAUUCACUCUGAUCUCAUCAAAAUCCAUUUUUUCCUCCCAUAUUCUUACAAAGAUAAGAUAAUGGGUAGCCUUAGAAUUUUCCCACUUCUUCUGGCUUCCUUCUUUCUGCUUCUCUUUUCCUCUCAUGGAUUUGGAGGGGAGGUGAUGGGAAGUAUGGAACAUGCAGACUCUAUAAAGGAAAGUGUAAGAAAAUCAAUGAUUAAAGGUGAUCCAAGACCUAAUUGCCCUACAAUGUUUCACCCUACAAAGAUUUCGGAUGCUAGUCCUCCUCCAAGGAAGAUGAUUGAAGUUGAGGACUAUCAUGAUCCAAGACCUAAUCGCCCAACAAUGUUUCACCCUACAAAGAUUUCGGAUGCUAGUCCUCCUUCUCCAAGGAAGACGAUUGAAGUUGAGGACUAUCAUGAUCCAAGACCUAAUCGUCCUACCAUAUUUCACCCUACAAAGAUUUCGGAUGCUAGUCCUCAUUCUCCAAGGAAGACGAUUGAAGUUGAGGACUAUCAUGAUCCAAGACCUAAUCGCCCUACAAUGCUUCACCCUACAAAAAUUCCGAACAUUGGCCCUCCUCCACAAGUUUAAUGCAUGCAUAUUAUCCUUUGUCUCUACCUCAAGCUAGCCAACACUCUAUCAAAAUUAUAUGCUUUAGAUAUACAAGACGCAAAUGAAACAACUUUAUAAGUGUGUAAUCUACAUGCAUGGAGUUUAACCCUCCCUCCUUAGUGUAUGAAUAAACCAUGCAUGGAGUGUUGAAAAUUUUCUCUCUUUUUCUCUCAAAGUGUAAUACAUGCAUAUAUGAAGUUGAAAUGUGUAACUCUCUCUAAGUUCUACUUA